UUUUGUUGUUAUUGCAGCUCCUGCGUUCUGUGCGCGCCGGUCUUGUCUCCCCCAGCUAGACUGUGAGCGCCCCCAUGGCAGGGGCCUGGACUCCCACUUCUUCGGCAUUCGGCCGACGUUUAUGUGCUAUGUGCCCAGUCCGGUGCUAGCUUCCGUGGGAGACACAGAUUUUGGCUACGGAAAGGGGAAAUGUCCUAAGCAGGGUCUGCCAGGAGCCCAGGAGCCCCACUUUGGAGAUGACAAGCUCGAAGAUCCUGCAGAAGCAAAUCCAUUCUCCUUCAAAGAAUUUCUGAAAACCAAGAGCCUCGGCCUGUUGGGAGAAGACCCCACCAACGACAGGAUUUUCUCAAAGGAACCCGUGAGGCACCCACUGGGACUCGGCCGCAACUCCCCACCUCCCCAGACCGUGGGUUAUGGCCUGGAAUACCAGCAGCCGUUUUUCGAAGACCCCACAGGGGCCGGCGACCUUCUGGACGAGGAGGAUGAGGACGAGGGCGGGUGGAGCGGGGCCUACCUGCCGUCCAGCGUGGAGCAGACCUGCUCCCCGGGGGCGGGCGCCGCCGGCACAUCGCCCUGCAGCACAUAUGGCUCCUUCUUCUCCACCCCGUCGGAGCUGGUGGGGCCAGAGACCCUGCCCCCAUGGGCGCUGAGUGACUCCGACUCCCGCGCCUCUCUGGCGGGGAGCCCCAGCAUGGACUUUGCGGCCCACCCAGACUCUGUAGGGGACAGGCACCUCCGGACACUGCAGAUAAGCUACGAAGCACUGAAAGAGGAAAACUCUAAGCUGAGAAGAAAGCUGACUGAGGUUCAGAGCUUCUCUGAAACGCAAACAGAAAUGGUGAGGACGCUGGAGCGGAAGCUGGAAGCAAAAAUGCUGAAGGAGGAGAGUGACUACCGCGACCUGGAGGCCGUGGUCCAGCAGGUGGAGCAGAACCUGGAGCUGAUGACAAAACGGGCUGUAAAGGCAGAAAAUCACGUCCUAAAACUGAAGCAGGAACUAAGCUUGCUCCAGGCACAGGUCUCUAACUUCAGGCGCGAGAACGAGGCCUUGCGGUCCGGCCAGGGCGCCAGCCUGACGGUGGUGAAGCAGAACACUGACGUGGCCUUGCAGAACCUUCGGGUCGUCAUGAACAACGCCCACUCCUCCAUAAAGCAGCUGGUUUCUGGAGCUGAAACGUUGAAUCUUGUUGCCGAAAUCCUUAAGUCUAUAGACAGGAUUUCCGAAAUUAAAGGUGAGGAAGAGGAAUCCUGAGAACUGCGGACACCACCGCCCGCUGGGUUUGGAAGUGCGCCUUCGGCCGCAGUGACGGUACUUUUCACGACACGCUGCCAGCGGCGGUUUCUACGCCACCCUUCCUCGGGAGCUCCUGCUGCUUCCUGGACUCCUGCUCUAUCGGAAGACGUUUCUAUGAAAGCCAGUGAUUUUUUUUAAGUUACUAAACAUGAGAAUGGCAGUUCUGUAAUUGUUUUUCGUUGUCAUUCCAGAACGUUAACUGUACAAUAAGUGUAAGGAGGGUUGGGAGGUGAGCCGCCGCUGCGUGCUCCCUCCGAAGACCCUCGUGCCUCUGUGACGUCGCUUGGUGGCCUGGCUGGCUCAGAGUCGGCUCCUGGGGCCUCGUGGGCGGCCCCUGCAGGUGGAGACGAGGCGGCGAGGGGGUCCCAGGCCACAUGGGCUCGCCACUGUGCGGGACCAUCUAAACGCACCUGUGGGCCCUCAGAUUUGAAAAGCUGCUUUGGCUGGAGGGUUUUGAUACCUGUUUUGAGCGGCAGCUGGCACGAGGAAGUUUGGAAUUCAGGGAUUUGGGGUGUGGGCGGAGCCUUCCUGCUCAGCUCGGUGACUCCCGAGGUACUGGUCCAGCUGCUGGCUGAGUCGGGAAGGCACGACACGCACUCUACACCUUUCUGGCCAUUUUCCUCUAGGUGUUAUUUUCUAAAAAUAAAUUUUCUUCUGUUUCAACGGGCAGCUUCCCUAUUUAAUAAAUUGUAAAACUCA